AUUUGCCCUUAGAGGUUUUGUUUUCUCAUAAGCAGCUGGACUUUAAACUUCAACAUCUCUCCUGUAGCCAUUUCCCACAAGAGCUGCAGGAAUGCAGGCAGGCACCGUUAGGCUCAGAGGGUAACAAUGGCAAGGUGCUCUUGGAUAAUAUUCUUCCUUCUCUCUGGCCUUUUCCUUCAGACAGAGCAGGCAGUAUUUAUAUCAGCUCAUGAUGCAAACAGUGUUAUCAAGAGACAGAGACGUGCCAGUUCCCUACUUCUGGAGGAGGUCCUUGAAGGCAGCUUGGAAAGAGAAUGCCUAGAAGAGAGAUGUACACAUGAAGAAGCAAGAGAAGUAUUUGAAGAUGAUGACAUGCUCAAAAUAUUUUGGGAUAUCUACUAUGGUGGCAGGAGGUGCUCCUCAAGCCCCUGCCAGCACAACGGUGUGUGUGAGGACAGCAUCCGUGGCUACACCUGCACCUGUGCUGAGGGAUAUGAGGGAGAGAACUGUGCUUUUGCUAAAAAUGAAUGUCACCACCAAGCAAAGGUAGGAUGUGACCACUUCUGCUAUCCAGGAAGUGAUUCCUACCGCUGUUCCUGUGCUGAUGGCUACGAGCUUGGGAAGGAUAAAAAACAGUGCAUCGCAUUAGAUGUAUGUGCAUGUGGCAGACUUCAAGACAGUGAAAACCUUAUAAGUGAAACCAGGAAGAAAAGUGAUGAGCGAUUUCCUUGGCAGGUGCUGCUACUAAACUCAGAAGGGAAAGGCUUCUGUGGAGGAGUGUUGCUAAAAAGUAACUUCGUGUUGACCACAGCAGAGUGUGCCCUUCUGCACAGCCAUUUUCAAAUCAGGGUUGGUGCUGGGCCAAAUGGAACAAGUGGAACUGGGAAGAUAAUGCAAAUUAGUGAGAAGCACAUACACAUCCGGUACGAUGAAGACACUGGUGAGAACAACAUUGCAUUACUACAACUUCAAGAGCACAUUGAGUGCGACAACUCCCACCUUCCUGUGUGCACCCCUGAGAGAGACUUUGCAGAACAUGUUUUAAUUCCAAAACUGGCUGGUACAGUCAGCGGCUGGAGAAUGGAAGGUGGUGAACUUCAAGGUGAAGAGCUGCAGGUUUCAUACCUUCCUGCUGAGGACUGCAAACAAAUACUCAACAUCAGCCUCACAAACAGGCAGUUUUGUGGGCACCUCCAGGAGGCCGUGGACAAACGCCUGGCUGGAGGAAGCUUUUUGGUUACUGAGUACAAGGGCACGUGGUUUCUGACUGGUAUCCUGGGAUCCUGGCCGCUGGAAGACACUGACUGGGAAACACUGCUUUUCACCAACACUGCAAGGUAUAUGGUAUGGGUUAAACAAAAAAUAAAGUAAGACACAAACACAAACAACUCUUAAGCACCAAGCCCCUACCAAUCGUUGCAAGGAAACAUAUGGAUGCAGCCAUUUGACUCUACUACUGUUUGCAGCACUGGAAUUUGCAACAAUGACAUGUAUUUAACUCCA